UCUGCCACGGUUCGAUCAUCAACCUCACGCCCGGAUAAAAUCAUUGAUCGAGUCGAUCGGAUAACACAAUCUCCAGCUGAGUGAGGAUGUCUCCGUACUUGGUCCUGGUCGCCGCGCUCGUCGCCUGUAGCUGUGUCGCCAUCAGGAAGGCUCGAGGCAGCAGCGGCAAGUUCCCGCCGUCGCCGCCGUCGCUUCCGCUGGUCGGUCACCUCCACCUCAUGGGCGGCGUGCUGCACCGCUCCCUGCUCGAGCUGCACGCUCGGUACGGCAGCGAUGGUGGCCUCCUGCUCCUGCAGCUCGGGCGCAGGCGGACGCUGGUGGUGUCCACGGCGGCGGCGGCGGCCGAUCUUUAUAAGAACCACGACCUCGCCUUCGCCUCCCGUGUGCACAGCGCGGUGGUGGACAAGCUGACAUACGGCUCCAUCAGCGUCUCCUUCGCCCCCUACGGCGACGCCUGGCGCCGCUGCAAGAAGAUGGCCGUCGUGCACCUCCUCUCCCAGCGCCGCGCCGACUCGUUCGCCCCCGUGCGCGCCGCCGAGGCGGCCGCCCUCGUCGCAGGAGCCCGCCGCGGCGCGGAGGCGGGUGAGGCCGUGGAGCUUAGGGAGCUCCUGUACGGCUACAGCAAUGCGGUGGUCACCCGCGCGGCCACCGGCGCCGCGGGGGCCACGGCGGAGAAGAUCAAACAGCUUUUGGGGAACUCCGCGGCGGUCAUGUCGGGGCUCCAGGCGGAAGACGUGCUCCCCGACGCGCCGGCGAAGGUGGUUAGGCGGGCGACGGGGUUCGAGAAGAGGCUCGACGCCGAGGUCGAAGCGUGGGACAAAUUCCUAUCCGAGAUAGUCGCCGAGCACCUUGAGGAGAAGCCAGACAACGGCGCGGGGGAGGAGAACUUCCUGGACGUCCUGCUGCGGCUGAGGGGAGAAGGCACCGCCGGGCUCGAGCUCACCGACGACCGCAUCAAAAGCAUCGUCAAGGACAUGAUAGCCGCCGGAACAGAGACAUCAUCCGUCACGUUGGAAUGGGCCAUGGUGGAGCUCGUCGGGAACCCAAGGGCAAUGGCCAAGCUGCAGGACGAGAUAGCUCGAGUCACCGCCGGCAAGCCGACCAUCGAGGAAGACGACCUGAGCAGGAUCGAGUACCACAAGGCGGUGUUGAAGGAGGUGCUCCGGCUCCACCCGCCGGCACCGCUCCUCCUCCCGCACGAGUCGACGACGGCUGCGGUCGUCCAGGGCUACGAGGUCCCUGCGAAGACGGCGCUCUUCAUCAACGCGUGGGCCAUUGGGAGGGACCCCGCGGCGUGGGGUGACGAGGCAGAGGAGUUCCGGCCGGAGCGGUUCUUGGGCGGCGGCAGCACGACGGGCGUGGACGUGAGGGGGAACGACUACCAGCUCCUCCCGUUCGGCGCCGGCCGGCGGAUCUGCCCCGCCAUAAACUUCGCGCUGCCGGUGCUAGAGAUGGCGCUCGCCAGCCUCGUGCGCCACUUCGACUGGGAGCUCCCCGCCGGGACGCGUCUGGACAAGGGCGAGGCGCCGGGGAUGAGCACGCCGCCGCUGACCCCACUGCGUCUAGUCCCCAGGUGCAGGACGCUUGCUUAAGGCAUACAACUUGCUCGGCCAUGGUUCAGCUAGCUUAUAAAAUGUGUUUUCUUCCAUUGUCUCAGAAUAUCCGAAUUUAAUUUUUAAGAGGAGACAUUUUACGGUAAAUUGAGCCUACAA